AUGAUCUACCAAUUAGCAACUAUUGCUACUUUGAUAGCUGCAGUCCAUGGAGGAGCAAUCUCCGUAGUUGGGGGUCUUGGACUUGGGGGACUCGGUGGACUUGGCGGAGGAGUUGGAUUGGAAGGUGGCAUUGGGCUGGGUGGUCAUGGUAUAGCAGUAGCCAAGCAAGUUGUCGUAGACGUUGUGACUCCUCCGAAGUAUGAAUUUAAAUAUGGCGUAGCUGAUGGACAUACAGGUGAUAACAAGGAACAACAGGAAGUGCGUGUAGGUGAUGUAGUCAAGGGAGAAUACUCCUUGAAGGAACCCGAUGGUACCAUCCGUAUUGUAAAGUACACUGCUGAUGACAAGAAUGGAUUCAAUGCCGUUGUUAUAAGAAAAGGCCACGCAGUCCAUCCUCAACUUAUCACUAAAGUCGUUCCAGUGGCCCAUCAUGGAUUGGGGCUUGGAGGGAUUUAA